AUAAUAUAAUUCAAUCGCGCACAAACGACUUUAAUAAUCUUACUUGCACUUUUUUUUUGUGUUAUUUUUGUUAAUAAAAUAUUAAUACAUUUUUAGAGAACAAUGACCAACAACGUGGAAUCUCGUCAAACUAAGUCCAACUUGCCGUUGGGCCAAACUAAUGCGGCCAAUUGCACAGUAUGUGAUGCUCCGUUUAAGACACUGCAAGAGUGUUUGGCCCACGAAUUACUCAAGCACCCAAUCGAGCCACUGAAGAAGCUGCCCAAAUGCCUCGAUGCCGUCACCAAACUGCAUGCCAGCGAAGAAACCCAAUUCGAACGACGUCUGCUGGAGGUAUUUGUCGUCCUGUCACCACCUGGACAGCAACUGAAAACCGUAUUGGAUUUCUAUGCUGGUAAUAGUGCAUUGGAAUGCUUUCUGGAAGUGCGCAAGUACAUAGAGAAUCAGCUGCAUGGCAAAGUUAUGGUUUAUCCAUUUGGCUCGUUUGUCAUGGGUUUGACUUUGAGGGAUAGCGAUAUUGAUUUGUAUUUGAAAUCCAUUGACGGCAAUUCGAAUGAAUUGUACGAGAAAACCAACCGCCUUUUGCGUCACACGGGUUGCUUUUCAGAUGUGAUUGCCAUACGAAAUGCUCGAGUUCCAAUCAUUCGUUGCAAGCAUGUGGCGAGCGGCUUGAGUGUCGACAUCAGCAUGUCUAGUCCGAAUGGCACCCAUAAUUCUCGCUUUGUGACCGAUCUGUUGAAUCGGGAUGUACGCCUGCGUGAGCUGUUCUUGUUCGUAAAGAUUUGGGCCAAGAAACUGUUGAUUAUUGGCAAAGUCAUGACAAGCUAUUGCCUGAUUACGCUCAUCAUUUAUCAGCUGCAACAGCAACGACACUUGCCCUCGAUAAAGAAGCUGCAGUCUGGCAUUCCUGUCUUCGAUGUUGGAGGCAUUAACUAUGCGUAUAGCCUUGAGCGUAUGCCAGCUUUGCCGGCUUUUUUGACCACCUUUGAUCUGAUCAGCGGAUUCUUUGAGCUCUACAGUCACAUGGACUUUGAGAAGAAGAUGCUGUCGCCGUAUUUGGGUCAUGCCUUGGAUGUGGAAGCAGCGUUCAUGGUUCCGGGAAACUUUCCCGAAUACAAUGCCCAAGUGCUAGCCAUCGAGACGGCCAUGCAAGAGCGCAGCAAACCGUUUAAUGUUGAAAGUGACGUUUUCGUGCAGGAUCCAUUUGAGCUAUCGCGCAAUGUGGGUCAGUCCAUAUCAAAAACGCAACUAUUCUAUCUCAAUCAGUGUUUGGCAGCGGCAAACGAGGCAUGCAACGAUGCCAAAUUAAAGUCAACGCCGCCCAAAUUUUAUGACUAUUUGCUGUUUGGGCUUGCCGAGCAACUGGUGGAGGAACAUCGCUUGGAACACGUGCCCCCAGCUAAGCAACGCAAAGAGAGGCCAAAGAAAGAAGUGAAGACUGUCGAUGCAGUUGCAGUUGAAGCUAAGGUUGAGGUUGCCUCUACAACUGUAGCUGCCAAAGGGGAUAAAUCAUCAUCGUCCAGUGAUGACAGAAAGCCAACGGUUGCGGACAAUAGCUGCAUGCCAUUGAUGCAUGUUUAUACACUCACACCCACCAAUAAUGAUCUAAAGACUUUGAAUUCCGAUUUUGUGAGCAAAGAUGCGAUAUCAAUUAAUUAUAUAUGGGCUACAAUCAAUGUGAACGCAAUAAGGAAUAUUUUAUCGGAUAUUUAUGGCUUAAGAAUGAAGGAGUCGGAUGCGAAUGUCACAGAUGAGCUGCCAUUAAGCAUGAUCUGGCAGAUAAGCUCAACAUUGGAUAUGUGGAGUGCACGAAACUUUCCACGCAGCACAACGCAAUCGUUCUUUGCCCAGCAGAUGCAGCAAACAGUUGAGUUUAGAAAAACAAGACCUCAGAAUCCUAGCUAUGUUGUCAAUAUGCGUGGUCGCAUCUCACUGAUCAUCGCUGAAGACUACAGAGAGCUACGCCUUGAGCUGCAGCCGAUGCCCGGCGAUCUUUUGGGUCUUCAGCGAAACAGUCCGUUGACAAAAUUCUUCAAGUCACUGAAGAACCUGCUCUGCAACUAUAACUUUAAAGAAAAGGUUAUAAGUUUUCAAUAUGAGCAUUGAAUUUGGUAUCACCUGACUUAUUCAGAAUAAAUAGAAAUU